ACCCGCCCUCCCGCGCCUUUUUCCCGCUAGCCAACGCACGGCACCGCACCACAAGGCAAGGCGCGCCUCUGCCUCUGCCCGCUCUCGGCUCUCGCUCUGCUCCUCCUCCCCCUUCUUCUCUCUCUCUCUUUCAGCCUGCAGCGCUAGCGAGCCCUCGUCUUCCCCUCCCCAUUAUUCCCGGGAUUCCCCUGUUGCUGCGUGCGACUGCGCCCCACCUACCUACCGCCUCCGCCUCCGCCUCCGCCUCCGCUCCCCUCUCCUCUCCAGCGAGCCGCGACCAAGCGGCAGGGACGGGACGGGACCAGCCGACCAGGCCAUGGGGAAGUACAUGCGCAAGGGCAAGGUGUCCGGGGAGGUCGCCGUCAUGGAGGUCCCCGGCGGCGCGCUGCUCGGCGUCCGCACCCGCUCCCGCACGCUCGCGCUGCAGCGCGCGCAGAGGCCGCUCGACAAGGGCGACGCCGAGGACGCCGCUGCGGAGUACCUCGAGCUCAGGAGCCGGAGGCUCGAGAAGCCGCACAAGGACCCGUUACCGCCGCCGUCUGCGCCUGCGACCAAGAGGGGCGCCGGGAGGAAGGUCGCCACCGCCGCCGCCGCCGCCGCGGCGCCGCACGGGCUGGCGGAGGACGACGUCGAGGUCUCCUUCGGCGAGAACGUGCUCGACUUCGACGCCAUGGAAAGGAGUACCAGAGAGACAACACCGUGCAGUUUGAUUAGGAACCCAGAGAUGAUAAGCACCCCAGGAUCCACAACUAAAAGUAAAACCAGCAACUCGAUGACUUCCCGUCGCAGAAUGGAAACCUCAAUCUGCCGUUUCAUACCAAGUUCGCAUGAGAUGGAAGAGUUCUUCUCAGCAGCUGAAAAACAGGAGCAGCAAAGCUUCAGGGAGAAGUAUAACUUCUGUCCUGUGAACGACUGUCCUCUUCCGGGUCGGUAUGAAUGGGCGAGGCUAGACUGCUAGAUUCCCAGCACAAGUGCACCAUUGAUCUGAUAUGUCUACCACAAUGACUAGUGCCUUGGCGGAGGCGCAAUCAACCCAAUCGCAUUAGCUUUCUUGUCUGUUGUAAAAAUUAGAGUAGUUAGCUUGUAGCUGGAUGAUCUUUGUGUAACGAACAGGCGUGAUUCUUAGUUACACCCUGAUCCCCAACCUCACUUUAACCGUUAACUGCUCAAGCUGUAACCGAACCAUCUCAUGUAGUGUAGGCCUAGCGCAUUCAUCUGUUCCUAGUUCUCGCAUUAAUUGAAUGAAAUUAGAGUUAGAUUUGCAUGGCAA